UUAAUUUUUUAUGAAUUUAAGCAUUUGAUUGAUGUUGUACGUCAUGAUUGUAUAGUGUAAAUGCCUGUGUACACGUUUAUAUAUAUAUGCUGUCAUAGUACUUGAAAAAAUUUAUAAUAAUAAUAUAAUAAAUUCAGAAUAUUUAACGAUAAUGACAGCAGUUAAGCAAAAUACAAAACGAUCAAAAUGGGCUUUAGAUUUUGCUCACAAGAAUAAACAAGAAAAAAAUGCAGAUAUUGCUUCACCACCAGGUUAUACACCUGCUGUUGCUCUAUUUCAUGCUGCUGAUUCAAUUAGAGAAUCAGAUUCUAAUCAUUUAAUAAUUAAAAAAUCAUGGGAUUUAGCUUUAGGUCCUCUUAAACAAGUCCCAAUGAAUUUAUUUAUAAUGUAUAUGGCGGGUAAUUCUAUUUCAAUAUUUCCUAUUAUGAUGGUUGGUAUGUUAAUUAUUAGACCAGUGAAAGCAUUAUUUACUCUUCAGCAAACAUUUAAAGUAAUAGAAGGAACACAUGCUUUCGGACAAAAGUUUGUAUACUUUUUAGGACAAUUAGUAAACAUUGCACUUGCAUUAUAUAAAUGUCAAUCAAUGGGAUUACUCCCAACACAUGCAUCUGAUUGGUUGGCAUUUGUAGAACCUCAAGCACGGUUGGAAUAUUCAGGUGGUGGAUUUAUAUAUGUAUGACAUAAGAUAUAAUUAUUUAAAAAUAUAAUACGUACAUUUAAAAUGAAUUGUUAUAUAUUUAGAUACAUUUUAUUUUAUCUAUAAGUUAUCAAAACAUUCACACAUUACACAAAAUGUUUUAUUAAAAUCAAAUCACAAAAUAUUUCAUGUUUAUAUACAUAUGCAUAUAAUAAUAAAAAGUACAACAAUAUAAUAAUAUAAUAAAACUGCAUGCAUUGAAAUAUAUUCCAUAAACAUAUUACUAUUAU